AAUAUUAAUUGAUAAACGCUACAAAUCGUAAAACGCUAUAAAACAAAUAUUUUUCUAUUAAAACGUGGUGACAAUGGUAUUCUUAGGAAUUGUGUACAAUACUAUUCGGCCACUUCGUAGUGUUAAAAUAGUCAACUUAAACAUAACGCGAACGUAUACAAGGUGGGUUAGUCGAAGACCGGUUGCAAUUCUUAAUGAGGACGAACUUUACGAUUGUGAAGAUACUACUGAAGAAAACAUUCAACAAAGGAAAAUUCCUUCAAGGAGUGUAAGAAAAAAGAAAAAAACCCCUAUAAAAACCGAAGAAGCUGCACCACCUGAGCUAGUAAAAAAAAAUGUAUUUACAAAUCUUAAGGAAAAUGAUAAAAUUAUAACAUCUUUAAUGACUAAACUUAAAUCUCGAAAGAGGAGAGAGAAGGCUAAUGAGAUAAUCUUAGAAGGGCAAAGAUUGAUUAAAGAUGCUAUUAAAGCUGGUAUAAUGCCAAAUAAAAUAAUCUUUAAUGAUUCAUCUGAUAUCAAAGAAUUCAAGUUUCCUGAAGAUGUUACAUUAUACAAAGUUACAUAUAAAACAAUCCAAUUAUGGUCUAGUUUAAUUACUUCUCCUGGAUUGUUAGGAAUUUUUAAAGUUCCUGAUAUACAAAACAAUAUCGCAGCAGAUAAUGCAUUGCCACUUACUAUAAUUUGUGACAAUAUAAGGGAACCAGGAAAUUUGGGAUCUAUUAUGAGAGUUGCUGCAGGGGUAGGCUGUGAAAAGUUAAUAAUAAUGAAAGGUUGUGUGGACUUAUGGGAUCCAAAAGUUCUUAGAAGUGCAGCUGGAACUCAUUUUCGAUUGCCUAUUCAUGCAUUCCCAACAUGGAAUCAGGUUCCAUCAUUAAUCAGUGAAAAUUGUAACAUUUUCAUAACAGACAGUAACUUUGGUGAUGAAUUUAUAUCAAAUUACUCACCUGAUAUGCUUGCUGCAACUUUGGAAAUAUUUGAUAUUGAUCCAGAAGAGCUUGCAUCAAAAUGUGCUAUGAAUAAUAAUAACACUGAUAAAACAGAAUUAAUAGAUAAUAAGAAUGCAAUGAAACAAUUCAUGUUAAAAAUCCCAAUUGCACCAUAUUAUUCCUUGGAUUAUACAAGAAAAGAAUCUGUGAUUAUUCUGAGUGGAGAAACUGAAGGUUUGAGCUAUGAUUCAUACAAAUUCUUAAGUAAACAGAAGAGCAUUCGUAUUAAUGUACCUUUAGUAAAAGGAGUUGAUAGUUUAAAUACAGGAGUGGCACUUGGUAUUGUUGGCUUUGAAAUUAAGAGACAAUUCUUGAAGAAACAGAGCCAAAUUUGA